UAGCGAGCCUCCUGAUCCAACAAGAGCAUAUGGUGUUUUUCACACAAGAGAGACCAUUCCCUUGACUUCGAACUUCACUUAUUGAACCCCUGAACAGUUAACAGGACCAGAGGGGUAACUGAGACCCUCCAUCUCAUCGUUCCAUGAGCAGUUUAAACAUGUAGAAAAGGAGCCAGGACUGAAGAAGAGUGGCCAUGAAUAAGAGCCAAGGUUGCUACGAGACCGCCUGUGCUGAAUGCACUUUGUCCUACCAAGGGCAGACCCAGAGAAAACUGAGGAGCGGUGUUACCUGCCACUACCUGGGAUAAAUUCAGGGAACAAGAGUACUCUGGAUAUGACUGGUAAAAACUGGAUAUUAAUUUCCACCACUACUCCCAAAAGUCUGGAAGAUGAAAUUGUGGGAAGACUUCUAAAAAUUUUGUUUGUGAUCUUUGUUGACUUAAUGUCUAUUAUGUAUGUUGUUAUAACUUCUUAGAAAGCUUUCUUUACUUUAUAUGCAAAUUUCAAAUUGAAUUUCAGUGAAUAAAAAUUUGCAUUUUAA